AUGGAUGAGAUCAUUGUGCUACAAACACUGUAUACACUGCUAGUUCAGAACAAAACCAAUCGGGUCUCGUUGGUUCGAUUGCAGACCGAGAUCAACGACAAUGCGUUGAUGAAAAAACUAGUUCCAGCAACGGGAAACCCUGUCUUGUCAGUACACGAAACGCUGGAGUUGAUCAAGAGACUUUUCCCGAAGAAGACGUCGUUGACAGAGGGACAACUGACCUUUUACAAUCUAAACCUUGCCGAGAUGAAAGAACAGCUGUUUAGACGAUACAGCACGAUUCGAGACGAAUGGGCCGCCCGGAUUGCAGAAACUGAACCCUCGAUCGAAACUUUACUCAAGGACAAGACUACUUCCCAAAGAACCCGGCUUUUGGUCUUAUGUCGAGAUACACUACUGAACAAAUUCGAAGAACACAGAAGGGCAAGGAUGUACGCCAAGAGCAUAGGAGGCGAUGGUGUGCGAGAGCCUUUGGACUUGGAAUUGAUCCGUAAACGCACGCCUGCCAGCAUUUUGGAGUUGCAAGCGUGGUUACAAAUGUGUGUAGCCAAUGCAACAAUGUGGUAUGCAAGUGGGAGUGACGAGUGGAAAGGUGCCAAGGAAAGUCAAGGAGAGCUGGAUGAGACCAUUGCGUUUGUAAGGAGUGUUUUGGAGUGA